AUGGGUGGCAAGGUUUGGUCCAAGAAGGAGGAGGAGCACUUCUGGCUCGAGUUAGUCCCUCACUCUCCGAAGCGUCUUGGAAAAGACCGUAAGAACGAGGAGAAAUCGUGGGAUUGGGUCGGGAGCAAGAUGAAGGAGUACAUGGGAGACGAAGCUCGCCGCGAUUACACUCAGCUCUGUGUCUUUGAGCAUUACUUCCAGAAUACUUACCUGGCUCGCUUCUCGCCGAAUGCUGGCACUCUGCCUCUCAAGUACUACAAGCAUGAGCAAGCUCUGAAGAAACGGAAGGAGGUUGAGGCUCCGCAGAAGGAGGAGGAGAAGGAGUCCAAGCCCAAGGCCCCCAAGGGUCGUGCCGCCAAGAAGUCGGCGGCCGGCCAAGCCGAGAAUCCCAUCGAGGUCGACGCGGGCGACAAGGACACCCCGAUCGUCAUCGAGUGUCAGUAUCCUACGAACCCGUCCUACCCCGGACACGCCCCCCCGAUCCCCCGGCUCGCGGUCCCAUCGGCGCCGGCCCCGAACUUCGCUCCCCCGGGCUACAUGCCGCCGUCCCCAUACUACUUCCACCAGUUCCUGGCUAACCAUGAUCGUAUGGUGAACAGAGACACAGAGGAGGAAAGCCUCUUCGUGAUCCAGUCGCCCGCUUCAUGGAUGGAUGGCAUGGUCCCUCAUCGGGGCUACUACUACCACCGCUGA